AUGAUCUUCACAUAAUGACUGAAAAAAAUUACGCACGUAGCAGUAUGCAGAAGGUGCAUUUUUGAGACGCUCCUUUACACAUUAGUAGUUAUAUAGUACAUUACCCCCUCUCCCACCAUAAUGAAUAGUAUAUAUUAAAGUUGAUGAUGUGAUAAAAUAUUGAAAUAAUAAUAGGUGAUAACGUUCACGUGUUUUACUCUUUUACUGUAGUUGCCUGUAGCCACUAGCCUGUUGGUAGUUACUAGUUUAGUACUCGGAAUUUGGAAUUCUAAUUUCUAAAUAUUAUCAUUACAGGAUCAGAUAAAAUACAUUUUUACAUUUUUUUGAAUUUAAUUAACACACAUCAAUCAAAUUAUGACGAAUGUCUCUAGCGAUUUAUCAGAGGCAACCACAAACGAAAGUCUCAAGAUGUCUAAUCCUGCAUGGGCUGAUGCUAUGAGCAAAAUCUUAAAGACAAAAAAAAGGAAAGGAAAACCAUUGGUAUUGUCAAAGGCAAAGAUAAUUUCAGAAACUGACCUUAAUAAAAUAAAACAGGAAAAAGAGGAUGUAGAUGACACAUUUGAAGUUGUAGAUAAAGGUGGUCAGAAAGUUAAAGCGACAGUUAUUAUUGAAGAAAUUAAAGAUGAAAAACCAGACUUGGAACAUUUAGAACCGAAAAUACCGAAUCGAAUUCGAAUAAGAGAACAAGUAUUAAUGGGAAGACAAAAACCUUCAGUUAGUGAUAGAGUUAAAGAAAAAAAUUUAUCAAAAAUUGCUACAAAGGGUGUUGUACAAUUAUUUAAUUUAGUUAAGCAACAACAAAGAACUGUUGAGAAGAAAUUGAAAAAUGUAGGACCAUCAAUUUUAAAACAAGAUAAAGUAUUGGAAUCUCUAGAUAAAAAAUCAUUUAUUGAUUCUAUCGAUCAUAGAAAAGUAAAUGAUGAAAGUGGUUGGGAUGUUCUUCGAGAUGAUUUUAUGGGCGGAACUAAAAUUAAAGAUUGGGAUAAACAGAUUGAAAAUGAUAGUGAAGAUGAUGGAAUUAAUGUUUAAAUUAAAGUUAUAAUUAAUUGUUGUUUUAAGUACUAUAUACAAUUAAUAUUAAUAUUACCUAUUUGAUGAAUGUUUGUAAAUAUAUU